CGGGGGCUCCUGGCCAUCUAAACUGGCAACAUCUGAAAAUCUCAGAAGUAACAGUGCAUUCCCUGAUGUGGCAUCCUCGAUAACGCCCUAAACCUUGGAGUUGUUUAUGCCCGCAACUAAUGGUCUCCCAUUGUUGAGAUAUCUACUAAAAGUCCAACAUAAUCGAUACGAGCUACUCACAAUGAUGCCAAAUUCGACAUGGCCCUAAGAGUGCAGCCACUCAAUCGGCUUAUCACCUUGCGCCGGUGUUUGUUCCUUCAGCAUGCGAGAACCGCUUUCCUACCGUUCUCAAAUGCAUCGUCCUUCCUCCGCCCGUAUCCUCCUCUUCGCCUUCCCGAAGUCACCGAGUCCCCAAGAGCAGUUCAUUACUGGGGCAUGGAUGCUUAGUGUCCGGCAUUAUGGAUCUCCUUAAUAAAGCACAACCGCAGAGCUCCAAUUCUCAAUUCUUCCUCGAGACGUCGGUCCCGAACGUAGAGCGAAUCGUUCGGGCAAGGCGGGAGAACAGCUCAUUGCAAAUCUGCCAAUGCCAGGCCGAAAAACGAAAUCUCGAAGAGGCGCUAGAGAUCCUGGACGGCAUGGAAAAAAUGGUUGCGCUAGAGGGGGGACCGAAGCAGCAUAGGUUGUCAAAAGUCUCGUCUAUCAAAUCGCGGGUCAGCCAGGCGGUGCGACCAACCACAGACGACGAUACGGGAUUGAAGGUGCUGCGGGAGCCGACACCGAGCCCGGACCAAGAUGGAAAGACGAUUAUCGAUAUCGUCGCCGUCCACGGCCUCGGAGCGCACCCCGGCGACACCAGGAGCAAGAAACGCGGUGAGGGUGGUGAGGACCGUUGGGUCAACUGGCUUCAAGAGGAGAAGAUGCUACCGGUAGUGAUACUAAACGCACGCAUCAUGCGAACAAUCGGCUCGGACGGUGGCACCAAGGCUUCUUUUUUCACUGAGAUGGAAGCGAAAGGUAAAAAAGAGAUAAGCUUCUGGACGUGGAGUGGACUGAUAGGAGAAGAGCUGCGUGGAUCGACCGCUGUAUGCGACGCCUACCACGACAGUAAGGAGUGGCCCGGCGUGUUAGAUGCGGUCAGAGGGCUGGUGUUCUUCGGCACGCCGUUCCGCGGGGCGGACGGAAUGAGUCAAAGCGAAAUGGUGCAGGCGGCGGCACGAGAGUUUGCAGAAGAAGAUAUCGAAAGCGAGCCCCUCCAUAUCCUCGACCCGGGCAAUGAGCUGCUGCAAGAUCUGGUGGAUGAUUUUCAGAAGAGGGUGUGGACACAAAUGCCUCACGCACGCAUCGCGUGUUUCUUCGAGCUCCAAGCGAGCGAGAUUGGAGCAAUCGUCGGGAGGCAGAGACCAAAGACGUUCGCUGUCAAUGAACGAUCUGGAUGUCAGGAAACGUGUUGA